AUGAUCAGAGCUGAUCAUGCAAAGUCCAUAGAAAAAAAGAACAUCCAUGAAGAAUAUAUUUUUGGACAGUGGGGGUUAUUAAUAAAAUAUGUUAUUUUAAAGGGUGGAAAGGUUGAGAUUUUAUGUCCAAGAAGAAAACGUAAAAUUGAUAAGAGAAACCAACUUGAUAUUAGUUUUGUUGAAGUAGAAGAUCAGUGUUAUAAGGCUGCAGAUAUUUUUCAAGAGGUACAUUCUUAUGUAAACCAACUCUGUGAAAAAGGAAAACUUAAGAAACGGGAUAAAGCAAGAACUGAGAGGAAAAUUGUUCAUGAUAUAAUAAUGAACAAAUUAACACAAUGGUGCCAUGAUAAAAGUGAAAAAGAAGGUAUUAAAAUGAAAUAUAGAUAUGGCAAACCUUCAUAUAAAAAGAAAGAAAAAGAAAGAAAUCUUGUCAUUUAUGAAAUUGGGUUUAAUGGAAGAACUUAUGAAAGAAAUGAUAUUAGAUGUUAUUUUGGAAAUUGGAUGCAAAAGGUUCUCCAGCUUCUUCUUAAAAAACCAAAAGAAAAAUCUAUUACAAUAUCUCAAAGUACUCUUCCCCACGAAUUUUAUGAAAAUUUUAUUUCCCCUGAUUAUGAAGAAAAUGAAGAUACAAAUAUUAAUGAACUUGAAUCUGUCAAUAAUUCACCUAGUGGCUAUGAAAAAAAUAUAUCUACUUUUGGUUUACAAAACGUUUAUCCUCCACAACAAAUAUACAACCCAACCCAUCUUCAAUGUAACAGAAAUUGGUGUCAUUGCAUUAUUCUUUCCAACCCUAUUCAACUAUACGGUCAAUACUACUACCCCCCUCAAAAUAAUUUAAGUAUUAUUGGACUACAAGGAAUAUCCUAUAACUAA